CACUGGUAACAUUCCAGCCUCUUCCUCCUGAUUCUGGUGUAUCAGAAGAUACCUCAAAAGCAUGAUUUAAAAUAUUUAUAUACCCAAAGCAACAACAGGGAAUGACAAUAAAGUUGGUUUUGUUGAAAGUGCCAUCAAGCGGAUCCUUAGUAACGGUCGUAAAGUAGCGGCUGGUUGCUAUUAGCAACGGAGAAGAUGGCGGCGGUGGAAGAGGAGGAGGCGGCAGCCGCAUGUCAGGCGUUGAGCCGCUACAUCAACUGCCUGAACAACGAGAGCAAGAGUUCCCGUCGGCGGGCCUUGGAGUGUAUCCGCGCUGGGACGGUGGAGCAGAAGCAGCUGUCGAGCGGGGUCCAGCAGCGGCUGCUGACCUCCCUCCUGCAGCCUCUCCUCCGCUCCCUCUCCGAUCCGGCCGAGCGCUGCCGGGAGCUGACCGCGCUCACCCUGAGCGACUUCAUACGGGCCGUCCCCCGGCCCCAGGAGGCCCUGCCUCAGCUCAUCCCCGCCUUGGUGCAGCGCCUGGGUCAGCAGGAGAUCACCGAGCCGGCCGAGGAGCUGCGCCUGACCCUGCUGGAGUUGCUGGUGCUAACCGUCGAAGUGUGCGGACGGCAGCUGGCCCCUUUCCUGGAGGACAUGGUCAGGAUCCUGCAGAGAACCAUAGUGGACCCGUUUCCCGAAGUCAAGAAGAAGAGCUGCGAGUGCGCGGCCAAGUAUGCGAAAUGUACCCCCGAAACUUUUCACAUGCAGUCCGAAUCUCUAAUAAAACCGCUGAUGCAGACCAUAUCUCACCAGCAUUCAAAGGUCCGUGUGGCAGUCAUACAGGCAACAGGAACAGUCAUUCAACAUGGCAAUGGAAAAUCUGUCGAUGAUGUUCUCUCUCAUUUGACACAACGACUUUUUGACGAUGCACCACUGGUACGUCAAGCUGUUACAGAAGUAGUGGGGAGAUGGCUGCUGGAGCUCAGAGAUCGAUACUCUUACUUCCACAAGCUCACCCCACUUCUGUUGAGUAGCUGCAGUGAUGAGAUUCCUCACAUCAGGGAAUUAGCCUCUGAUUAUUGGAAGAAAGUUGGACUCCAGUGGCAAAAGGAGAAUGAAGACGACCUUAAAGAUAAACUUGACUGGCAAGCCCAACUCUCUGUUCGCUAUCCUGCAGGUGCGGAACGACCUUGUCUUGGAUGCCGAGAACUGGUGUUUCGGAACUUGUCCAAAAUUUUGCCGGCCGUUAGUCGCGACAUGACUGAUUGGGUUCCUGCAACACGUGUUAAAGCAUCACAGCUUCUGAUUGUGUUGCUGCUCCAUGCUGAAGAUCACCUCACACAGCACAUGGAGCUGCUCCUGAGUACCAUGUAUCGAUCAUGUUCUGAUGAAGAGACGCUUGUGGUUCAGAACUCUGUAAAGGCAGCAGAACUGAUUGGAACAUUUGUGGAUCCCGAGGUCUUUUUGAAAUUGAUUCUGACAGCACUCAAGAAAUCAGCCUGUACUGCUCACCUGAUGGUUCUUAGUGCAGUCAUUAAAGGUACCUCAAAACAAGUGCUGCAUCCACAUCUGCUGAGAAUUGGAGAGACACUGGCUCUUCCUGACAUAUGCCAAGUAUCCCAAAAGGUUGAGUAUUUGGAACAGCUGCUUCUUUGUGUGCAGAUCUUAAUUACGGUAUGUGGAAAGCAAUGCAGUGAAAUAAAUUUGCAUCUGCUUAAAGUGCUGGUGACCAUCACAUCCUUAACGUCUGACCAAGAACUGGAAAACAAGGUAGAAAAGACCUUGGCUUCCUUGGCUGCAGCACAGAACUUCGAUAAUUUUUUGCAUCUGUACAGACAACACAUAAGUCAACUGAUUGGAUGGGUGGCUGACACACAACACCAGUGGACCAACUACUCUGCGCAGCACUUGCAGUUUGAAACUAUUAUAACUCAAUCAGGUCCUGUGCUUGGGGAAUCAUUACAGGAAGUUUUUCCAGUUUUGAAAACUUGCCUUCGGCCCAGCAGAGAUCCUGAGAUGCGUUUAAAAAUCUUCACAAUGCUAUCAAAAUUAUUGCUUAAUGCCAAUGAAACUCUGAAUUCUCAAGGAGGAGGCUUCAGCUGUUAUCUGCCAUCCAGGCAGAGUUGGGAAAUACCCAAACAAAGGAAUCAUUCAGGGCAGCCAAUAAAUCCAGCCCUUUGGACCACAGUCCUCCAAGUAAACAUCAAAGACUCAGUCUUCAAUGGUACAUUGAAAUAAAAAGAAAUUGGGAACAGUUAAGGUAAAGCAACCUAAGUCAACAAGCAUGUUUUCAAUGACCCAAACCUGGUUUUCUGCACCACGCCUAUCUUGUUGAAGGAAGCAGAGCAGCAGAUGAUUGGCAGCUCUUUAAUAUUAAGGAAACUGUUGUAUAUGAUUUCCUUUAUGCUGGAGGUUUAUAUGAUUUUAGUUUACCCGAAUGGGAAUCCUCCAUGGAAACAGCAUAUCUUGUGACCCUCCCCACAACCUAUUUUCCUGAAGAAAAUGCCAGCUGUCAAAAGAAGAACUAUUCUCCUAUUGUACAUAAAAUUGCUUAUUAUUAUAUACACAGCAGGAUUUAUCUUGAUAAAUCAGGUGCAGAAAUUUGAUGUCAGUCAAAACUCGCUUACUUCUGCCCUUUAAUUCUUCAGCUCAGGAAAUCCUCAGGUGCCCACAGCAUUUACAAUUGAUGCAUUGAUUAUGGGUCAGUUUGCUUCUUAUCUGGUUGUCCACUUGGCUUGUCAAAUUUCUUGAAUGUAUUUUCACCUCCCAGAUCUGUUACUGUCUUUCCCAGAACCCCAUGUUUGAAUCGCUGCAAUUGGAUUUCCUCCUCUCCCCUGCUGCGGUACUACACUAACUCUGAUCAAAGUAACUGUUUGCCUAUGCAUCUGUGUGAUUCAAGUAAACUUUCCCCUCCUUGUCCUUCUUGACCUCUCUCUACAGCCUUUGACAUAAUUGACAAAGCCAUUCUCUUUCACCAUAUCUUCUAACUGGAUGAAAUUGCUCUCAUCUGGUUCCAUUUAUAUUUCAGCUUGUACAUAGAGAAUCAUAUACACUGUUUCUCUUCCUGCUCUUGCAACCUGACCUCUGAUGCCUCCAUCCAAUUUCUCAUCUAUAUACUGCCCCUUUGCAGCAAAAUCUGAAAGCAGAGUUAGUUUCCGAUUACUUGGUGGCAACAGCCAGUAUUAUGAUAUCACAAUAUCACGACCUUUCUUGACUGUUUCAUUGUUAUGAAAUUCUCAGAUUGGUUAUCUUGACUUCAAUGCUGAAUAAGCAGACAUUUCCACCAGUUAAAUAUUGGAAAGACUGAAACCUUUUUUUUGUCCCUAUCCAAACUCUGUUCCCUAAUCCCAAAUCUGUCCCUCUCCCAAAUUGCAGUGAGAGAUUCAGCAAAUCUGUUUACAGUUUGUGUCUUAGUGACUUUGAAAUGAAUUACAGAUCACAUUCACACCAUAAUAUGGCCACUAAUUUUCACCAUCUCAAUUACCAAAGAAUUCAUUCUUGUGUUUGUUGACACUAGAAUUGACCAUUCCAAAGGUUGGCAUCUUACAUUCUGCUCCCCUAUAAACUUCAAGCCAUCUUGACCUCUGUUGCCCAUGCCAUAACUUGCACCAAGUCCAGUUGCAAUUAUGUUUGCAGAGCAUGCAUCAUCUACCAACAAUGUGCAAAUUUGUUUGUGCAGUCGGAACUAGCUGUAGAUGCCAGAGUUAUCAGCAUGAAAACAGCUCUCUGACUCCUGAAUAGGAGAGCAGCUUGUGUGUUCACAGAGAGAGGAGAAUCUAGAUCGCAGACAAUACUGGAAGAUCUUUGUCAGCAGUGGUUAGUUGCUGUGCGCUGUUGCCUCUAAUUUGUGAGCUGCAAUUGGUGUGCCAUCCACUCUGUGUCUUCCUCAAAGAAUUGAGAGAAUCUGGAAAUAAGGAGUUCGGACAACUGAUGCCUUGGGAAUCCAAGUGGCUACUGCAUUGAGUUUUGAAGACUGGUGCUAUUGAACUGAUUCUUCAGCACUUUUCCUCUUUCCAUAAUGUCCAUGUUUGUUUAUCUUUAGCUGCCUGUUUGUGUGUGCAGGAGAUUAAGAAGGAUGUUAGAGUUUCAACUCGUACAAUAAUAUGUUGAUAGUUCCUGUUUUAUUUCCUGCAGUUAGAACUGGUUUAUUUGUAAUAAGUAGUAUUUCUUGUUCAGUACAGAAACCUGGUGAUUGUUUUCUCUUAACCUGAAACUUUCAAAGAGGUAAGUUGGAGACAUCAAGCACUUAGACCAUAUCUUUAACAUUGUUGAGGAGUCUGGGAGUGUUCAGACUCUACUAUCAGGGCAUUUAACAAAAUGAUGUCAACAACAUUUGAUAAUUUUUGCCUGUAAUUAUUCCUAUAACUAUAUAAUGUGCCCAUAGAUCGUCUAUUGGGUGAGAGGAAAGACAUGCAAUUGUUGCAAAUAAUGUACAAAAUGUAAUCACCAUAGGCUAGCAUACUCUGGUCUGCAGAUGCAUAGUUCUAUGGACCUUUGAAUGUGUUAUAAAUAGCUUGCGAGACAGUAGAUUGCAAUUGAGGACGGCCCUGAGUUGAGUACAUAACCUUCGCUCACUCUGCGAACUCAAUUAUUAUAGUUGCAUAGCACUUCCCUGAGGUUUUUCCCUGAAUUUUUGAUAUUCUGUAGCUACAAAGCUGAAAAAAUUAAUGAAGAACUUACAUUUCAAUUGAGGAGACUUCAGGCCAGUCAGAAUUCGAUAACCUCCUCUGAAAACUCUGCUAAUUUUGGCAGCUAUGAUAAAUUUACAGUAGCUAAGAUAAUCUACAACAUUAUUUUAACAAGUCAGUUCAUCCCAUUUCCCCUUGCCAAUAGAUAAUGUUUUUUUUUAAAUAAACAGGAUCCUGAUCAACAUCUUCAACUAAAAUGAAGCAGUUUUAAGGCCGCAGUCCAUCUGUACUACUUGUUUUUAAACUUUGCCCAUUAGUUUUAGAAAUGUCACAGAUUUAAAAAAAGAUCAAAGCAUGACCUUUGCUCACCUUCUACAGCAGAGAUAAUUAGGAAAUAUGGAAGUAAAGCAAUUAUGCUUUGGUUUUUAAUUAUUGGCUAAAAUUUACUGUUUCACAUAGGUGCCCAGGCUACCACUUGUUACCCAUUCUUAAUUGCCCUUGAACUAAAUGGCUUUCUUGGCCAUUUCAGAGGCCCACUGAGUUCUCACAUUGCUGUGGGUCUGGAGUCACUUGGAAGCUGGACCACACAAGGAUGGCAUAUUUCCUUCCCUAAACGACAUUAGUGAAUCAGAUGGCUGUUUUAAACAAUUGAUGAUGGUUGGAUGGCCACAAUCACUGCAGUGGUGUGAUUUUUACUCCAUGUCUUCAGACUACUCAUCUGCAUAACUAGCCCAAAGUGGCAUUGCUGCAAUGCUAUCAUCUCCUGUUAUCCUAAUCACAGAAAUUAAACAUAGCAUAUCUACUUGCAAAUUGGCAAGCUCUUUUCCUUUGUCGAGAUUCAAAAAUAAAUAGUAGGUGCUUCACAAGACAUUAAAUUACAAUUGGUUCAAAACAGAGUACCUGUAUUCAGGAGUGGUCAAAUAUUUGGAGGGAAAGAGAAGGAGGAAAAAUAAACCUUUGCCCUGAAAUUCUGAGUGCUGCAAGGUUUGCCUUAGUGUUGACAAUUGUUUGAACUUUUCUGUGUAAAGGUGGAAGAAAUAAUUCUUGAUAGUGAUGGCUUAAAAAGGCAAACUCUCCAUUUGCAGUUAAUGGAUAAUUGUGAUUAGAACUUGUGAACACCAAGUAAUAUUCUCCACAAGGCUAUACAUGUCAGCCAUUCUAGUGAUUAUUCUCUACAGUCACCUUUUGUUCAGUUGAUUCUUUUGUGAACUUAAAGCAUUUUAUUAAUACUACAAUGGUAAUCUUUCAGAGUUGUGGGCAACCUCUUCUCGCCCACACCCCUCCAUCCCAGCCUGCUGUUUUUGUUGAUGCAAGCUGCUCACAGCAUGUGGUGUAUUUUAGAAAAAAAUAAAUUACAAAGAAAAAUGCAGAACUCACAAUUGCAAGCCAUAAUUUGAUUAAUAUUCCAUCUUUAGCAGGUCAAUUUGUUUGGUAAGAUUAAUCUGUUUCUUAAUGAGCAAAGCCAGUCAGCUGAGCAAAACAAAAACAUUAUUCACAUCCUACCGGACCUUGACUACAGAAUUAUUUGUUCGGAAAUUCAGUGACUUCCCACCCACAGCAUUUUAAAAUUAAAAAAUUCCACAUCUACAAGUUAAUAAUCCUGCCUCUGUUUUCCAAUGCUAACUGCAGUGUCUUCUGUUUUG